AUGACUAAAGAAGAAUGGAUACCAAAACCAUCAAAACCACGACGUAUGUCAAUUGUUCGAGAAUUUGCUUUGAAUACAUCCACUCAUGGUUUGCCUGGUAUUGCACGUAGUCAAAGUAAACACAAUUGUAUCUUUUGGACUUGUUCAUUUCUCAUUUUUACUGGUGUUAUGAUCUAUUUUGUCAGUCAAUCAAUUCAAAACUAUUUUCAAUAUCCAACACAAACAUCAGUAUCAGUUGUUGUUGAACGAUCACAAACAUUUCCAGCAGUUACAAUUUGUAAUUAUUCACCUAUGCGUUAUGAUACUUUUAUAGCAGAUUUCUUAAAUUAUACAACUUCAAUUAAUGUAACCAAUAUAAACGACACAACGUUUACUGAACAACAAACCAGUCAAAUUUAUAAUUAUUUACGAAAUAAACUCAAUAUAAAUGAAUCUAUGGAUGAAUAUUUCUUUUCUCUUGAAUUCAUGUUAAUAGAAUGCUCAUACAAUAAUCAACAAUGUAGGGCAGAUGAUUUCACUUUUUUUUUGUCAUCUAAAUAUGGUCGUUGUUAUACAUUUAAUGCAAAAACAAAAGAUUUAAAUAAUAGCAAAAUUCGACAAACCAAUGAUGAUGGAGGUUCAGGAAAGCUUAUAUUACGCCUCUAUGCACACAGUGAUCUGUAUGUUCCAUAUGUUUCAGGAGAUGUGUCAGUUGGAAUGGUAGCUAUGGUUCAUGACAAUACAGAAUUACCAUUGAUUGAUGUAGCUGGCAUUGAACUUACAUCAGGACGAAAACAUAAACUUGGUUACAAGAAAAAAGCAAAUUACUUUUUAUCUUCACCAUAUACAGAAUGUACAGAUAAAGUACCUAUUGUAAUGCAAGCAAUGUUCGAUCGAUAUGGAGGGGCUGAUUAUGCAUAUUCACAAGGUGUAUGUUAUUUACUUUGUACUCAAGCAUAUAUCUAUGACCAAUGUCGAUGUGUAAAUCCAAAAGCAUGGUCAGCUCGAUCAGUUAUUCUUACUGAUAAAAAUACAAUUUUUGAAGCACCACUUUGUAACUUUGCUGAUGGUUGUUAUAUGAAUGCUACUUCUAGAAUUUUCAGUACAAUAUCAAUUUGGAAUCAGUUUUGUUCACAGUGCACUCAAGAAUGUUCCGUUGUUGAUUUCGUAAUUACACCAUCUUCAACAUUAGCGCCAUCUACUUGGUAUGCAAAUAUAACUAAAGCCUUUGUUGAAUCUCACCGUAAUAUAAAACCUACAAACUGGUCAACAAAUUGGUUAUCAGAAGUUCAAAAUAAUUAUGUUGGACUAGAAGUUGUAUGUCUAUCAACUGAAGUAGAAAAUUACACACAAGAAGCAUCAGUUCAACCGGUUGAUGUUAUUUCAAAUGUCGGUGGUCAUACAGGAUUAUGGAUUGGAAUUAGUUUCUUAUCAAUAAUGGAGUUCAUUGAAAUGCUUUAUCGUCUUUUACGAUAUCAAUAUGAUACUACUAAACAAAUCAUACAAAACAAAAUAAGAAGAAGACAACAAAUACAUGGACUUACAUAG